CCCCCCAGUCCCUCAAGCUUCCCGGAAGUUGCCGGCGUUGGAUCCACGGUCCGCGAGCGUGAGUCGGAGUGGCGGAGCAGCUGCUGGGGAGGCGGCGGCACCACGCGCGAGGACCCGGCAGGCUGGGGGACCGAGGUCAUGGCAGCCCCGCAGUCCCUGUCGCGGCAGCUGGAGCAGCUGUUGGACCCGCGGCCGAGCGAGGCAGACCCCGAGGCGGAUCCCGAGGAGGCCACCGCUGCACGAGUUAUUGACAGAUUUGACGAGGGUGAAGAUGAAGACAGUGACCUCCCUCGUGUGGGAAGCAUUAGGAAAAAAGCCUUUGCCUCCCUCUUAGAUACGGACAAACGCUAUUCAGGCAAGACUACUUCUCGGAAGGCUUUGAAAGAAGACUUGUGGGAGCAACCUCUAUCAGAAGUGUCUGACAAAGAAGCAUCUGAUGAAGAGUCAGAGAGCACAGGGCUAGUGGAGUCUGAUGAGGAGCUGGAAUCCAGUGAUGAUGGGGGGAGCAGUUUGGAAGACAAAGGCCAGAGAGAGAAGAGAGAUACUCAUUCUUCAGGCUUUAGUUUCCAGAGCAUCAAUGACUUUGAAAAAUUUGCUGAGGGAAUGGAUGAUGUUGGCAGCGGUGAGGAGGAGGAAGAAGGAGAAAACAGCAUGGAAGAGGAAGCUGAUGAGGAAGAAGAUGGAGAGGAAAUUGAGGAGGCUGUGCCUGAAGACAAAGAUGAUGAGACAGUGAGGACCUUCUCAGGAGGCAAAGUGUCAGAGGAAGUAGAGAAAGGGAGAGCUGUGAAGAACCAAAUAGCUCUGUGGGAUCAACUCUUGGAAGGGAGGAUCAAGCUGCAGAAAGCUCUGCUGACAACCAACCAGCUUCCCCAACCUGAUGUUUUUCCUAUUUUCAAGGACAACGGCGGGUCAGAGUUUGCCAGUGCCCUGAAAAACAGCCACAAGGCACUUAAAGCAUUGCUUAGGUCUUUGGUGGAUCUUCAGGAGGAACUGCUUUACCAGUAUCCAGACACAAGAUACCUCGUAGAUGGAACAAAACCUAAAGAAGAAAGUGAGGAAGAGAUCCCUAGUGAGGAAGAAGAGGCCAUGGUGGGGGAGUACCAGCAAAGGAGAGGCCCUCCCAAGAGGAAGCUGGAGAUGGAUGACUAUCCAGGCUUCAUGGCAAAGCGCUUUGCCGAUUUCACAGCCUAUAGGAACCGUACACUUCAGAAAUGGCAUGACAAAACCAGAUUGGCUUCUGGCAAGCUGGGGAAGGGUUUUGGUGCCUUUGAGCGCUCAGUCUUGACUCAGAUUGACCAUAUUCUGAUGGACAGAGAGAGAUUACUCCGUAGGACACAAACCAAGCGCUCUGUGUACCGUGUACUUGGCAGAGCUGAGCCAGUAGCUGAGCCCGUUCCCGAGAGUUUGCCAGGGCAGCCGGAAAUAUUGCCUGAAGUCCCUGUCAAUGCUCACCUGAAGGACUUGGAUGAAGAGAUCUUUGAUGAUGAUGAUUUUUAUCACCAGCUCCUCCGAGAACUCAUAGAACGGAAGACCAGUUCCUUGGAUCCUAAUGAUCAGGUGGCUUUGGGCAGGCAGUGGUUGGCCAUCCAGAAGUUACGAAGCAAAAUUCACAAGAAAGUUGAUAGAAAAGCCAGCAAAGGAAGGAAACUCCGGUAUCAUGUCCUUAGCAAGCUGCUGAGCUUCAUGGCACCUAUUGACCACACUACGAUGAAUGAUGAUGCCAGGACAGAGCUUUAUCGAUCACUCUUUGGAAAAGUCAGCAGGCCUGCAGAAGGUCCUCGGAAUUAAGGUUACCCACCCCACCCAAGUUGGGUGUGUCUUUUCUACCGGAAUUGUAGAGACAGCCCUAGAAGGAGAAGCUGUCUCCAUAUCCCAAGGAACGGUUGACACCUCCUCGACACCUAAGGCUGAAUUUAGUGGGGGAGCUAGAGCAUUCCCUCAGGAAGAAGUAUCUAAUGUAUACCCACUCAUAAUAACUCUUUGAUACCUCCAAGACAUUAAGGAUCCUCUCCCUUUUUAAAAGUUUCUUCAAGGCUUUGUGUGGCCAAGAGAGCUAUCCUUCAUGUCUUUGAUGAUCGCAGAGAAGUGCUAUUGGUUUUGCUACUUUUAAACAUUUUGAAAGCAUGGGCAGUUAGAGGACCCUGUAUCCUACUGGAAUGUUCAGUAAUUGGUUGGGAAUUAUUCUUUCAAGCAAGAGGCUAUUAGAAUAGACUUCGUGCCAUGAGACUGCACCGAAAGAAGAAAGCCUGAGCAAAACGCUACUUGUCCUGAUCAGAAGUUUCUCAUGGCUCUGAGCCACAAGGAGCUCUAGGAAAUCCUGGUGGUCGUGCCCAUCCUUUUUUUGCAGCUCAGAAAUAUUGGUGGAUUUUCAGCUAAAUAUUGAUCUCUUGACUCUCCUUUCUUUGUUUUCCCCCUCUAGCUGAUAAGGAUUCUUUCCGAAUCCUGUUCCUUUCUCACCACUCAUGACACACUUUAUUGAGGUUAACUCCGGUGUAAAUCUAGCAGGAGCAGAUGAUUCACUUGUUUUUCAUCCAAAGGUCAAAAGCUGGAAAUUAAAUCCCCAUAAGGGGGAUUUAUUGGCCUGCUGUGGUCAAUCUACAAUGAAGAUGAUUGUGCAUAAGUAAUGUAUGCAUAUGGAUGGAGCUGCACGUGGAGCCAAGUGCUCAGCUGCAUCCUGUGCUCUGCCUUAGAGUCUAAGAAGAGAUCCUUGGACUAGCUCACAAAGUGUAAUUGUCAUAAAUACAGAGUUGUGGUUUGGGAAAUAAUAUUCUGGUGAUGAAAAUGUCAAAACAGAAUUACAGAUUCUUGUUUUCCUAGAAUUCCUAUGUUCCAUUGGCUUUGGUGUCCAGUGACUCUUGAUCCAACAGUGCCCUGAGGCUGGGAUCCAAAUGCAUUCAGACUUCAGUGUAACAUGGAUCCUAGUUUAUUUUUUAAUAUACAUAUGUCUGCCGAGCACAGGAUGGGGGCAAAUAGAAGAGAAGAAGAUUUUCCCACCUCUAAUUAAUUGGUCCUUUUUUCAUGGUGACUUGUUUUUCCUGCCUUGAUAUUCACCUCUUGGGUUUGACUGUCAAGGAAACAUAAAAUAUCAAUCACCAGAAAUAGAAGGCAUCACUCAAAAAGGAUCUCUUUUUUGAAUAUAAUGUAUGAUUCUUUCCAUCUGGCCUGAGGACUUCCAGAUAAUGCAUAUUAUAACAGCAAGUAAAUAACUCUUAAAAUAGUUCUGUGAACGUGACACCGGGCUUGCUUUCUUAAAGGGAUCAGGCCUUUGUCACUGUCGAGUUUUAUCAGGUGAGGAAUGAGAUCUAAAUAGGUGUUCCAGAAUCUUUGGAGCAAAUAUGCUUAAUUAAAGUGAAUGAAAAGUCGGGAGCGAUGUGAAAUACCGAACAGGCAAGGGGUUUGCAGCAAAGGGAGGCCCACGUUUUAAAAUUCAGAAUACCACCCUCCUUCCAGCCAAGAAUAAAUUGGAAACUAUUUUAAUUGACACGGAUACUGCAAUUCAACUGUUACCAGAAAGACAGAUUAGUUGAUUGAUUUGCAUUUUAAUAAAACUAAUACUUUACAUUUUGGUGGCUAAUGCUGAUUUUUAAAUGAGUUCAGAGCUGUUAUCUAGAGUUCAAUCCAGAGACCUUUUUCAGUGUUGACUGAAGCAUUCUCUCCUUUGUAUGGAGUUUUGCUUAUUUUAUUCUUGACCAGCUGACUACUUAGGGCAGCUACAAACCAGGGACCAUGAAGAGCCCAGAAGUACACUGUCAUAAGCAGAAGGAAGGGAGAUUUUGAGGAAUCGGGUAAUGUCCACAAUGUGCUGUCAUCCUUUCCUAUCCUCCUCCUGGGCCACACAGAUGUAAGUAGCCAGGAAAGGCUCACUGAGCCCUCCUUCCCAUCACUAUACAUGGGAGCUUUAUCAAGGCUGGCUUUAAUGUUGCCUUGGCCCUCAACCACCAUUCUCUGUCACACACAGCAUGAAGAAAGAGGUGGCAUGCUGGGCCAAGGACUGGUCCUGAAGUUCACUCCUUGCUCCCUUGGGGAUGCUUCAGCUCAGUGUCCUCCUCUGGAAGGAUUAAGGAGUUGUGGCCCUUAGAGUGCUUUAUUGUCAUUACCACAGUCGGCCUUCCCUCCCCUCUGCUCUCCUUGGGAUCACAUCACCACCUCCCAUCUUGUUUGCUCUCUACUCUCAUCUCCAGUUCUCUGCUUGAAACACUUUUGUCCCAAUGUCCUCCUAGAUUUUUGGGGUGGCGGGGGAGGCAAUGGUUGUGUUGGCUUAAGUUUAUGAAGCUUGAACUGAUCCUUUCCUAUUGUUUUUGUUUACUUUGUAAAACCCCUUGGUGAGUAUUCUUCACAGGUUUGUUCUGGCCUCAUUUAGCUUUUGGACUGAGAUAGCAAAUAAAGGAUUCUAUUCGUCCUGACCCCUGUCCUCCCUUUCUCCCUGUAAGAAAUGGGAGAAGGAGUCUUGUUUCCACAGAACUAAAGGUGUGCUUCCCCGCCCUCCCCCACCCCAGCUUUAGCAGAGACCAGGCCUCAAGGUCGGUCAGGUGAGAGGUCAGAGGCUUGUACACAUGUGCAUACUUUUUGAGAAGGAAGUCUAGAGAAUUAGAGAGGCCAAACCCACUUGAACCAGUUCAAGCUUAUCUAGGGUCUGGUCUUGGUCAAGAAUCCAGGCCUACUGAUUUGCAUAAUUUGCAUAUGUUAAAGAGGGAAAGUAGGGGAAGUAAAAGAAUAUAGUUUAAUCCUAAACUAAGACAAGGAAAAUCUAAUUAACUUCACUUUUGCUUCUGUAUCCUUAUUAUCCUAUUUAUAUAAACUGUAUAACCUAGGAAAACUAUGUAAAAAACAAAGAUUGUAAACUAACCAUGACUCUAGCAGGAGUGGAGGGAAUGGUUAACCCCUGCUCCUGCAGCUGUAUCAGUGUGAGUGUUCCCGUGAGCACUGAGCACUACACCUGCUCUCUCAAGGAGCGUAAUAAAAUGCCUUCUCUGCGCACUCUGGCCUUGAGUUCUUUGGGUGAGAAUGGGCAAAUCACUUUGAUUUUCCUAAGGUCAAGUGAAGGGAAGCAACAGGCAGCAGAAGCUCACCGGGCUUACCCCUGGAUCUUGUCUUGGGGUGUCCUGUGAUCCCCACAGAUUAAGGGAUGGCUACCACUUGGUCUUCCUCUGGGAGUCCUGUAGUCUGUACAGCCUUCCCUAAGGAUUAUCAUAGGGUUCUUCCUCAGGACUUUGGCCCUGCCUAGGAAGUCCAGUGAUCCCCAAAACCACGUUUCUCACACCCCUAUCCCUAGCUUGCCCUGAAUUUUGUAAGGACUGCUAAAUAUUCCCUAGGAUUCUUUCUUCUCUCUGGCCACUUCAUACCAGUUGAUGUAAAAGGAAAAUUGAGUCUGUGCCCCUGAAUUGAUCCAGAAUGUGCCUUUUGAAGUGCAGUUGGGCCUUUAGCAUUCCCUAAGGGUUCCUUCCACAGACAUUUCAUGCAUUUAAUGCAUUAGUGCCAAUAUCCUUUUCUCCUGUGGGCCAGAUUCAAGAAAUGGGGAGCGUCAAACUUUCCAGAUGAGUAGGGUUGGCUGAUUUUUAUAGGGACACUCCCUGAGGCCACCAGGUACAGAAAGUCAGAAGUGUUUGGUUCCAGGUGCCAUUCCCUCUCUCUGGUUAUACUUCCUGCAUUUUUAUGUUUACAGAUGAUGAUGUGUGUAUUCAUAUGAGAUUUUUCCCAUUGUAUAUGUUUAAUAAAAACCUUCAAAUAAAA